AUGACUAGUGCCAUUGUCGAACAACUCACCAAUAGGGGACAUACUGUGAACGAAGACGCUUUCAAGGUGAUCUACCGAGUUCCUCCUUAUCCAUCUAAGACUGUUCGCCAACAACAUCUGGCAACAGCCGAGGCACCAGCCAUCCGUCUGUUUAACCCAUCGCUUUGUCCCCAAAAGCGAUUCGUCGAAGCACUUCAACUGUCGUGGCCACGGAGUGAAUUCAUUUGCAUGGCUGGAGUUGACUCUUUCCAUGACCUGUUGACCCUUGCGAUUGACCCCGUACCCGAAACCGGUGAUGGUUAA